AUGUCCAAUAACACACUAAAAAAAUGGAUGGAAUCAUUUAAUGAUCUCUUAGGCGAUCUCACCAAAAAGAUUCAACACUCCUACGAUAAGAGUAUCAAACAAUAACAAAAAGGAGAAGAAGGAUCAAAUAAUGAUUGGAUUAAAUAUUUGCCAUUAAAUUAACUUGCUUUUGAUAAUCAAGAUGUUUAUAGAAUGAAAUACAUAAAUGAUAGAUUUGUUUUAAGCCAAUUCAUUUUCUAGCAAAGGUAUGACGAAUAAGAAUACUAAGUUAAAUUAUUGAAUAAUGUUUCAGAAACAGAAAUAUUACAAGAAUAAUAUCGAAAUUCAAUUUUUGAGUUCUGUAUGAAUGAUAAUAAUGCCCUCCUUUUAAUAAAAUAAUCAGUCAAAACAAAUAAUAGUCGAAGUGAAUAGUAAUAACUUCUCUUAAUCAAGGAGGUUUAUGCAGGAUUUAUUCAAGAUGAUAAGCUAUAUCUUUACCUCAUUAAAAAUAUCAACCUCUGCUAAUAGGCGGGAUUUCAUCCACUAAAUCCCAAUUAUCUGGUUCUUCUUUAAGCAUCUCAAGAAUUGAAUAAAUAACACACUUAUCAAAAGGAAUAAUAAUUCCUAAUCUUUGAAACUAGAGAUCUCAGACAACCAAUUGUAAGAAUGAAUUUGAAUUCUGCUAUGAAUGGAAAUGCAUUAGCUUUUUCUUUUGCUUCAACAGAAGAUCCUAAUUCAUUCCUCAUCUACUUUUUAAAUAACUAAGGAAUCAUAUAUUAUUAUGAAUUCAUUCUACCAAAUAUGACUUUCAGACUAUAAACUAAAAUGUAUUUACAGGCAUAAAAGCAAGAAUUGGUUCAGUUUGUAAAAGACAAGUCAGAAAAAGAAUUCAAAAUCAAUUAUAACUUUACUACAUAGGAUGAUUAUCAGAAAGGAAGUAUUAAAUUUUAAUCAUUUUCAAAUAUAAAUUACUAAUUGCCAAAAAGUAAUUAUGUUCAAUUUCAAAAAUUGGCAAUUGCAGAUUAUUAUUUAUUCUUUAUUGUUUCUAAACAAGCCAAUGAAGAUAUUAUUGUUUAAGCAGUAAUUGGAAAAGACUUACAAACCUUAUAUGAAAUAUAUUAAGAUGAAAUUAGAUUUCCCAAAUCGGUUGAUAAUGAUCUCCUAAUAUCACAUCUACGUAAAUGUGAGUUGCCUAAAAUUGUGUAUUGUAGUGAGAAUGUAACCUAUGUAGUGUAAAAUCAAUUUGAUUUGCCUAACAGACAUCAACUACUUCUGCUUUAUCAUAAUUCAUUAAUUUCAAUUGAUUUUUCAAAUGUGGUUCAAUAUAAGUAAGAUUAAUCUCCUAUAAAUGUUACUUGCAUUGAUUUAUUACCUUUUUCAAGCAUAGAUUAAAGUUCAUCAGAAUAAUUCAUACUUUAAGUGUUAUGUCUGGAUCUAUACAAGUCCAAAUAGUUACUAUUAAGAACUACAAAUAAGGCCCAAAAAUAAACCUUUCAACUUAUACCUUAGAAAUUACUCUUGGGUUUGACAGAAUAAAAUUCAGAAAUCAACAAAAUUGCAUUAGAUUUCUAUUAAGCAUAAAAUGUUUAUUUGAUGAAUAAAGCUAUUUUGCAACAAUUCAAAAAAUAUCUUGUAGCUAUUAGUGAUAAGAGACUCCCCUAAUGCAAAACAGAGGAAGAUAUAAUAUCUAUCAAUGAAGAUCUUUCAACCGGUUUUCAGAAAUCUAUCAAAGGAGUGGCAAUCAAAAUUAAAUUAGAGUCUGAAAAUAUGUAUAAUGACAUUGAAUUAAAAAGAAAAGGAGACCUAACUCAAUAGGAGGAAAGAAAUCUAUAUCUAUAGAAAAAGAUAUCAGAGAAAAAUGAAAAGAUAAAUUCUCUACUUGAAAGAUUAUAAUCUACACCAUCGGCUGUAAUAAGAUAAUAAUUAAUAAAUUAACAAUAAUAAUCUGAUUUAGAGUAAUUUCAACUGUAAUUUGAUAAAAUUCAAGAACAAAUUAGAUAGAAUAAACGACAACUGGAGGAUUAAAUUUAAAUAAGUAAUAGAACAAAGUAAGAGAUUGAAGCCAUUUAAUCUAAUCUGAUUUAGUAAAUAUUAUAAAAAAAAGAUUGAUUUUGAUAAAUCUUAAGUAUUUUUGAUUAUUCAUAAAAUAUUGAUAA